AUGGAGGGCCUGGUUCUGGGCGUCCUCGCCGCCAUCCUGGGUAUCGUUCUCGGCUAUGCCCUGCUCCUCUGGAUGAUCCUCUCAUUGGUCCCCGCGAGCUACCCCGACAUGGGCGUCAUACUCACGAUAAACAUACCGGCGAUGGCCGGCUUCCUUGGGGCAGGCAUCGCGGUGGUCGCCCUUGCUCCGGCGCUCACCGUGCGCAAGCUUCAGAAGAUGGACAUACCCGGUACCCUGCGAGUGCUCGAAUAG